ACAGUCCUUAGGGUUUUAACAACAUGACUGAGCACGCAUGCAAGCCUUGUAACCACCCAUGGGGUGUGAAGAAACAGAUUCCUUUCUAGGAAUCUAGAAGGAUUGAGACCUUUCUAGGCAGUGCUUCAAGGUGAUAUGUGGGGUGUGAACAUAGGUCCAUUUGACCCCAGAGUCUGGGCUGGUAACCCUCAACAGCAAUUUGAGGUGAAGAGCACAGGCCAUUGGGUCAUUUCCUGGUUGGGCUUCCUUGGGUACAUUCAUGAGCCCUUGGAAGCUUCAGUGUCUUCACCUGUAGGAUGGGGAUGUUGUGAGGAUUCUAGCAGAUGCUGCAAGGAGAAGGCCCUAGAGGUUCUAAAAAUAUUGUUAACUGUUAUUAUUACCUGUUUUUGUUUUUCUGCUGCCAUUAACCUCUCUGGUGCUCCUGCCCCUCUCAAGUCUUUUAUUCAAAGAGUUCUUCAGUGGACAGACUUGUUGGAUCCUACGAAUUUGGUCCUUUCAAUUGAAAAAAUAGAAAAAUCGAGGCAACUCUUGUUAACAAAUGAAGAUGCAUCCAGAGGUGACUUUGAGGACAAAAGGAUACAAGAAGCUUGGAAGAGAAGUCUUUCCACAGUGCAUCCUGACAAUAGCAGGCUAAUCCCUGGUCCUUUUCGACCUGCAGCUCUCUUGCCUUUCACGGCACCCACGCUAUUUCUGUCAAUGCUGCCGGUGAAAAGUCUGAAGUCCAUGAUUUUACCUCAGGCCUCCUUCUACACCUACAGUACAGUCUUCAACAUCAUCAAUGGAAAUGCAAGUUAUGAUCGUCGUGCACAUGAGAGCUUAUUACUAGGUGCAGGAGUGAUUGUAUCUUCAACUUUUUUGGGCCUAUUCCCUCGUUUGCUCCAAGUAAAGCUUUCAAUGAAUAGCGUUCUGAGCAGAAAUGUCAUUCCCGUCAUUAUUCUCGCCCAGCUCAGUGGGAUGAACGUGAUUGCCUCCCGAAGUUUGGAGCCCAUGCGCGGGAUUGAGGUCAUGGACAAGGAAGGCAAUGUCAUAGGUUAUUCCAGAAAAGCCGGGACAAAGGCCGUUAGAGAUACAGCAACAUCCAGAGUUGUGCUGUUUGGGACCUCUGCGUUUAUUCCUGAAGUCUUCGCAUACUUUUUUAAAAGGACCCAGUUUUUCCUGCAGAAUCCAUGGUCACUGUGGACCCUGAAGUUUUCUUGUACGAUCCUCGUCAUGGGAUUGAUGGUGCCAGUUUCCUUCAGCAUCUUCCCACAGAUCAGACGGAUACAGUGCAGUGAGCUUGAAAAGGAAAUUCAGUCGGCAACAGAAGAAACAGAACUCUUCUAUAACAGAGGGGUGUAGGUGUGCGUUUUAGCUGCAUUUGGUUGGUUCCUGCGUGAAAACCUUCCUCUAAGGUUUCAGUUUCAAGAACCUGCCAGGAGGGUCCUGGAAUCCCCAGAGGUGUCUGUGCCGACAGGAUGGCUUAUGAUGACACCUGACAAGACUGGUCCUGCCUCGGGUUAACAGGCUUGGAUGGAAGAAGAGAAACGGGGGGCUGUCCUGUCUGACCCACCACGUGCGGUUGCUAAGGGGAUGUGUGCGUGAUAUAAGAUUCGGUUUUCUAUUUGUCUGUCAGCCUGUGAAAGGAUACUGUGAAAUCACCAAUAAACUUGUCUAGAGUUGAGUAUUUGAAAA